GAAUUAAGCACAACACCUAUUCUGAGCUAAUCUGUCAAAUUUUACUCAUGGAAGGUGGCUUUAACCAAGAGAGCAGAUCCAGCUGAGCUUAGAACAAUAUUUUUGAAGUAUGCAAGCAUUGAAAAAAAUGGUGAAUUUUUUAUGUCUCCUAAUGACUUUGUUACUCGAUAUUUGAAUAUUUUUGGAGAAAGCCAGCCUAAUCCAAAGACUGUGGAACUUUUAAGUGGCGUGGUGGAUCAGACCAAAGAUGGGUUAAUAUCCUUUCAAGAAUUUGUAGCAUUUGAGUCUGUCCUGUGUGCCCCAGAUGCUUUGUUUAUGGUCGCCUUUCAGCUGUUCGACAAAGCUGGCAAAGGAGAAGUUACUUUUGAGGACGUUAAGCAAGUUUUUGGACAGACCACAAUUCAUCAACAUAUUCCGUUUAACUGGGAUUCAGAAUUUGUGCAACUACAUUUUGGGAAAGAAAGAAAAAGACACCUGACAUAUGCAGAGUUUACUCAGUUUUUGCUGGAAAUACAGUUGGAGCAUGCAAAGCAAGCCUUUGUGCAACGGGAUAAUGCCAAAACUGGAAGAGUCACAGCCAUUGACUUCCGAGACAUCAUGGUCACUAUCCGGCCCCACGUCUUGACACCUUUUGUAGAAGAAUGUCUAGUAGCUGCUGCUGGAGGUACCACAUCUCAUCAAGUUAGUUUCUCCUAUUUUAAUGGAUUUAAUUCGCUUCUUAACAACAUGGAACUCAUUAGAAAGAUCUACAGCACUCUGGCGGGCAACAGGAAAGAUGUAGAGGUGACUAAGGAGGAGUUUGUUCUGGCAGCUCAGAAAUUUGGUCAGGUUACACCCAUGGAGGUUGACAUCUUGUUUCAGUUAGCAGAUUUAUAUGAGCCAAGGGGACGUAUGACCUUAGCCGACAUCGAGCGGAUUGCUCCCCUGGAAGAGGGAACUCUGCCCUUCAAGUUGGCUGAGGCCCAGAGGCAGAAAGCUUCAGGUGAUUCAGCCCGGCCAAUCCUCCUCCAAGUUGCAGAGUCGGCCUACAGGUUUGGUCUGGGUUCUAUUGCUGGAGCUGUUGGAGCCACUGCCGUGUAUCCUAUUGAUCUUGUAAAAACUCGAAUGCAGAACCAGCGAUCAACUGGCUCUUUUGUGGGAGAGCUCAUGUAUAAAAACAGCUUUGACUGUUUUAAGAAAGUACUACGCUACGAAGGCUUCUUUGGCCUGUAUAGAGGUCUGUUGCCACAGUUAUUGGGAGUCGCCCCAGAGAAGGCCAUAAAACUCACAGUGAAUGAUUUUGUGAGGGAUAAAUUUAUGCACAAAGAUGGUUCCGUCCCACUUGCAGCAGAAAUUCUUGCUGGAGGCUGUGCUGGAGGCUCCCAAGUGAUUUUCACAAAUCCUUUAGAAAUUGUCAAGAUCCGCUUGCAAGUGGCUGGAGAAAUCACCACUGGACCCCGAGUCAGUGCUCUGUCCGUCCUCCGAGAUCUGGGGUUCUUUGGCAUCUACAAGGGUGCCAAAGCCUGCUUUCUGCGGGACAUUCCUUUCUCGGCCAUCUACUUCCCGUGUUAUGCUCAUGUGAAGGCUUCUUUGGCAAAUGAAGAUGGGCAGGUUAGCCCUGGGAGCCUGCUCUUAGCUGGUGCUAUAGCUGGUAUGCCUGCGGCAUCUUUAGUGACCCCUGCUGAUGUUAUCAAGACUAGAUUACAGGUGGCCGCCCGGGCUGGCCAAACCACUUACAGCGGAGUGAUAGACUGCUUCAGAAAGAUCCUGCGGGAAGAAGGCCCAAAAGCUUUGUGGAAAGGAGCUGGUGCUCGUGUAUUUCGAUCCUCACCCCAGUUUGGUGUCACUUUGCUGACUUAUGAAUUGCUACAGCGAUGGUUCUACAUUGAUUUUGGAGGAGUAAAACCCAUGGGAUCUGAGCCAGUUCCUAAAUCUAGGAUCACACUGCCUGCUCCUAAUCCUGAUCACGUUGGGGGCUAUAAGCUAGCAGUUGCAACGUUUGCAGGAAUUGAAAACAAAUUUGGACUUUACCUACCUCUCUUCAAGCCAUCAACAUCUACCUCAGAAGGGCUCAGUGGAGGCCCAUAGGGUGACUGGCCCGAGGAUAUUGCUUGUUUGGUUGUUGGUACAGCAGUAAGAAUGCCCCAUCUUGGACUGAAGCAAGGCUUCAUUCCUUUCAUGUCCGGCUCCUGUUUGAAUUCAGGUCGAAGCUUUCUAUAAAGCCAGUUCAUUCAUUUUUGUGUUUUUUGUCAACCAGAUCAUAGUGGAAUUAUUCCUAAUUAUUCUCUGAACCUCUCCCUACAAACCUUGGUUCAAAUCUGACAUUUGCUCAGAUUGGUCGACCCUAACAUGAUUCAAGGAAGGAGAAUAGAGAUUAAGGCUCCCCUUCUUGGACUGAGAUGAUGGUCCCAGAGAGGCUGCUGAAAGGCAAUCAUGGUUCUCAGAGCAAAAGGUUCCGAGCAUGUUUAAAUUGGUAGGAAGCUGCGUGCAUAUUUAUAAAAAUGAAAAACACUGGAAGAAGUGAAAAAAAUAUCAGAAAUAGCCAGCCAGGAUUCAAAUUUUAAACAUGCACAAAUUUUGUCUCUGGAUUGUAUUAUGAAGCUUUUAUGUGAAACAUGUUUUUUGUAAUGAAAACCACAUUGGAGAUGUUUAGUAAUCAUAUUCUGUUACUGGUACCAAGACUGCUAGGGGAAAGUUUUUGCACUUUAAGGAAGUGCUUUUGGCAUUUGAUAAUAUAGACAGAGAAACUGAGACACAGUCCCGCUCCUGGAUGUGCUAAUUAUUUUGAAUAACUGUUCAUAUGAUGCACUCAUGCUGAUUACUGCCUGUUUCAAUAAACACUAUAGAAAAAUUCAUGCACCCUAUUGCUGGUACUGGCCCUAAACCCCUCCCCAUCCCAAUAGUUGGUGCCCAUUUGCUUUUAAAAUCCACUUUCUGUCUUAAAUCAUGUCAGACAAAUAUAUUCUAAUAUAAAUUUUUAAUUUAAUUUGUGGUGCCUUGCAUAAUGGUCAGAGGCUCAUGUGUUUGUUAAGGUCGAAAUAAACUAUUUUUAAUGCUAUCGAA